AGCACGCCACGCAUAAACAAUAAUAUUUAAAUUAUUACAACAAAUUAUUAAGAAAUAUUUUCCAUAAAUAAUAAUACAAAUCAAAUAAAGAAGGUGGCAAGCUAGAAAUGAACUCAAUGAACUUUGCAUUUACCAACCAAAAUAAUUACUAGACUAUAAACGGGACACUGCCAAAAACAAAAAGGAAAGCAACCAAAAUCAAGAAGAGGCAUCUCUGAACAUAUCGACACAAUCAAAAUAGAGAUAUUGAAAACAGGAUCGAAUCAAAAAUGAACUCGAAACAUAGUUCGCUGGAGGAGAAAGUGAAACUGCCGCCCACGGAGACAAUAAGUCGCUGCUACCAACCGCAGCAGAGCAACCGCAAGGUCAUUCGCAUCCUGACCGUCGCCGUCUAUGUCCUUUGCGUUUCACUGGCGGCCAUCAUGCUCUCGCUGUACUACAUCUUUAUCUGGGACCCCACCAUCCGCCCCUUCGUCACCAAGGCCACACACUGCGAUAAAAUUGUGAUACCCGAAAAAAUUGCCAUUCGCCUCCUAAACUCAUCGGAAGUGACCGCGGAGCAGUUCUACAAGCACAUCCUCGAGCAGUACCGCAUCCUCAACCACAUGCAACAGCAACGCCAGCAGAUCUUGCAGCGGCAACAUCUCCAACUGCAGCAGCUAGAGGCGAACAAUCGCUUCCAGGAGGUAUUUGCCACGGCCACCAUAAUCCAGGCACAUCCGCAUCCCCAUCCCCAUCCUAGAGAGCCACCGAAGAAACCGCUUUUAGGCCCGUAUACCCCGGUGCCCGGAAAUAUAAGUCACGUGUCAAUGGGCGGCGAUCAGCCGGGCAACAUGGAAACUGAUCCGGAGGCUCAUUUGCCCCUACUUUUGGAUACCUCGCCGCCGGCUGAAGUCACCGGAAUGGGUCACUCGAAGCGCAAGACACAUCGGGGUCACUACAAACACCAUCGAGCUCGAACCAGCGCCCAAAAGAAACUGUCAAUUGCCAAUUCCAUCGUCAGUGUCAUGGGCAGUUCCACGCCGAGCACCACAAGCGGUGGAGACACAUCUUUGGCGGCCACGGCGGCCACUUUGCCCCAUGGCUACAUGGACACACCACUGAAUCCGGCGGCCGGAACCAUUGUGCAGCCACCACAGCUACAGCUAUACACCUCGAUGCCCAUUCCCCUGAUCCUAAGUCCCAGCGAGGAGAAGCGCCCUUCGCACCACGCCCACGGACAUGGUCACGGCGAGCGGCGGGGAGGGACGCAAUCCGGCGGCCGACGAAGGACCACGACGGCCUCGGUUUCUGGCUACGAGGCCCAGACCUACCUCAAUCCGUUCCUCACCGGCGAGCUGAUCUUCGAGAAGUAAGGGAUUGAACCCUAAGAGUAGGCCCAAAAUUUUUUUUUGUAAGGCAUAUAGAGGGAUACACUACAGCCAAGAUCGGAAAUGGAGAUUAGCUCACAUAAAUGGUACCUAUCAUACCUAUAUCAAUGAAGAACUGUUUAGAAGGGCAGCACUACUCACAACAAUUCAGUUAAGCUCAGUACUGGCAUAAGCUUUAUUUAUCAGUUAGCUAAAUUUAUAUAUAUUUUCCUAAACUUGGUCAAUGAUAAUUUAAAAAUCAAGAGCGAUAUUAACCGUUUCAUAUUGAAAUUUCAAAGUAUAUGUAAUUGUGUUUUUUAUACGUAGAAUGUGUUUGAAAUUAAAAAAAAUUGUAGACAGAAAUUGAAAAAAAGAGAUUGAAUUGCUUAUUAUAUAGUGUUUUAAAAAAGCCAAGCCAAAUAUAUCUGAUGUAUAACUAAUUUCAGCUACAGUUAAAAGACUUGACUUACGUCCGUACUGGGCUUUAAAUUGGUCUAUAUAUACAGAGCCCGGCCCGGCCACAUAUAGAGGUUAAUAAACGUUAUGUACUACAAAAGGAUAGUUAAAACCAUAGCUAAACGAUAGUCGAUGUACCAAUCACACAACCACUCAACUCAACUAAACACACUCGAAAGGAACACACGCAUAAUACGGGACCCACUUCAGUAGAAAGUCACUCGAUAUCAGCGAUCAAGGAUCACACAGGCGGCUCACCUCACCAAGCUCAGCAGCAAACUCACCCCACCUAGGACACUGCUUCCAGGCAGCUAGCGAACGCUACACCAACUACAAUAAUUAGCCAACCCUAGAAUAACCAGUUUACCAGUAAUCAGUAACCAAUUACCAGUAACCCAUCCAAGGAGUAUACCCCCAACAAAGGGGAAGCGGAUAAAUGUCACUAUAUUUCAGAAUCAGAAUGAAUCACACUCACAUACACCUCUAAGUCACCUCACGCAGAGAGGCUACUGCUAGGAUUGUGUCACUGCCAAAUAUCGGUUAUAUGCAGGCUAUAAAAUAUUUAUAUAUAUUUAUAACCUUAUCUAUAUAUUCGCCUAAUUAAGUUGAAAAGUGGUCAUAGCAAGCCAAAGUUUCGAAAAAUGCUCUAAGACAUUUUAAAAUUUAUAUCGUAAAUUUUUAACACAUAAAACCAAAGAAAUAUAAAUAUUUCUUUUUUUCCCAAUUAAUAUUUUUCUUCGUCAUCGAAACUCGCAAAAAUUUAUUUUGAAUCCGGUACAAAACUUAACAUAGUUUUGUUACAUAGUUACAUGUAAAACCUUCAAAAGAUAAUUCCUGAAUAGUAACUAAAGAAAAUAUGCCACUUUGCUUGAUCAGUCACAGUUUAAAUGUUAAACAGAGAUUCGUUCUUCAAGGUGGCCUUUAAAUAAUGAGCUGACGUAUUACCUAUAGACACUUCGCUCUACAAGAUUAAACCCGGCGUGCUCAAUUCAAUAGCGACUAUAUAAAACUAUAUAUAUAACUAUAUAUGGGGCAUAUAACCGAUGUGUGUCGUGACAUUUGCUCGGUCUAUUCACAUACUCAAACACUCAAAUGCAUACCUAUCAAAAACAAAAUACACUAAGCGAAAAAGCGGGAAUGAUAGUUGAAGGGAAGACGAUGGAAGAGUUAUUGAGAAACUGCAUCUGCAUCCAAAGACACGAGAAUUGAAUUCAUUAAUAAUAACAUACGUAUAAACGAUAUGCAUACGAUAUAGAAUUAAAUCUGUAACUGAUGGGCAUAUACCGCAUAUAUAUCUUAUAUACUGCAUAUAUCUUAUAUAUGUAUACCAAAAAAAACAAAGUCAUUUUGGCAAUAAUAAAGCAUAGCAAACCAAAAACAA